AUCAGAGUUCAAACAUUAACAGAACACCUGAACAAUUAUCUACGCUGUUCGCUCCACACUCGGGUUUGAAGGCUACACCGUCUGAAGCUUCAGGUUUAGCUCUUGUGUUUUUUCUUUUAUAACUCUGUUUUUCUUCCGUGAGAGCCGAGGGACCAGCCAUGGGGAAAGUGUGUGCGGGGGUUUCCUGUCUGUUGCUGAGUGUGGCAGCGGUGAGCGCCCAGAAAGCUCAGGGUGAGCGUGCACUGCCUCAGUGGCUCACCGGCAUCAUCGCCGUCUGCGGCUUCCUCUUCCUUUCCUUCGUCGUCUUCCUGGUGAAGAAGGCCUGGUGUGAGGAGCCCAGCAGGUCAGAGGAGAGCUUUCACAAACCUUCAUCAUGUUCAACUCAACCGGUGGAGGAAAAAGACCACUGUGAAGUCGGUGAGAGAAAAUGUUUAUGAGAUGACGGAGGAAAACACGUACGAGACCAGCCUGAACAUGGUCAGAAGCAAAGAAGACAAGAAUGCUUACGACAACGUGGUGAUGGACAACACUGAUGACAAACUUACUGCCAUGUGACCCUGCUGCCCUGGUCCUAUUGGAUGCCGUCCUUACCAACUCUGGACAGGGAAAAUACUUCUUUAACUGUUGUUCGUUUUUAGUUGAUUGAAUCAAUUAAGAUAUCAUCCAUGUGUACCUGGUUAACAAAUGUCUUCUAAGAUGUUUGAUAUGUGUUAAUAUUGAAAUUAUGCUAUAUGUAUCAUUAAUAAGUUAUUCAGAAUCAGGUAGUGUAUCAGCAUGCAUUCAGUCCCCUCUUGUGAUUCGAAAGAGUGAACAUGAGGACAAGCAGCUGUCCAUCCCAUGAUCUUUCCGCUGAUUAAUAAGUUAUUUUUUCUGACAAACUGCUGUGUCGCCUCCUUUCUGUGUCUAAUAAUUAAACACUCAGCCAGGAUUGUUUCAAUAAACAGUGGUUACACAGUGAGCAGCACUGA